AUGGGGUCUCGAGACAAACCCAAAACCUUGGACAAUUUGAUGAUGGCCUACACUGAUCUCAGUGGACCGCUGAAGAAGUCCUCUUUUAAGGGUCCGGCCUUGAACCAGGUUCAAGUAGAGAGGCGAGAAGCGCCCAAGUUCCAAGUCAGCUCGAAGGCCCGAGAUUGGUCGUCAUUGUCCCAAAACCUGGAGGAUGUGUUUGGAGGCUUAGGCAUGACUCAACAAGCUCCCACCUCCCAACGAAUGUUUGCUCCAAUUUUGGGAACGACUGCGCCAUCAAUCGUGCCUCAAGCGAAAACGGCAGAAGAUGACGACGAGUGGGGCGAUUUUCAAGGCUUCUCUAUCGAUCAUAUUUCGGCCAAACCGUCUACCCCUCCCCAACCAGUCGUCCCAUCCCAUUCAAAUAUCAAAGACGUGGACGACGAUGACGACGAGUUCGGAGAUUUUGUGUCAGUAGUUGAUCCUGUAGCAAAAACAGUCGAGUCGUCCAUAGCUUCGCCUUAUUCUCUUAAUCUAGUCGCCCCCGAAGAGGUCCCCAAAUCAAGCCAUUCUUUAAAUUUCAAUCCUCCUUCAUAUGUAUGUGGAUCAGUGGUGCCAUUGCAAAGCGCUAUCGUUAGUCCUCCAAGCUCUAGUCAAGACUUGUGUUUUGGCGAUUUCUCAAAACCACCCAGUCAAAAUGAAAGCCAUUCACUCGUCUCGACUAUACAAAAUUCUAAACUUCAUGGCCCCACCAUCGAUCUCGACAAGGAUGAUGAUUUUGGAGAUUUCGUUGGGUUUUCAUCUUCCUCAAGUUCUCAUGCUAAAAGCUCUGAUCCUUUGCCGCCUUUGGUUAGUCAAGUGGCUGCAAGUUCGGCCAAGCCCGCCAAAUCUGGUACCUUUGGGGACAAGUACGGCGCCUUGAGGGACAUCUUUGAUGUUGGAAUAUCACCCACUGAAGUGGUUGAGCCUCUUUCUACAUUCCCUCAGGCGUCAAAACCAUCCCAGUCAGAACUGAAUACAGUGUCCGAAUCCAAUCAGAAUUCGUGGACUGAUCCGUUUGGAUCAUUAGACGAAAGUGGAGCCAAUGUGCCUCCUCCUUCCCUCGGGAUUGAUCUGAUGUCUUCCAUGCUUGCAAAUCAAAAGUCUUCAGAGGUGGUGGUCAGCCCCAUCUUGGCCGAGCAAAGAGCCAACUCGAUCGAUGACGAAUUCGGCGACUUUCUGAGCGCCUUUUCAACUUCCUCCUCUACCAACUUGCCCGAUGCAUCUCCGAGUCGAGGACAAAAUGCUUUAGUAGAAAAUGAAGGUCUUCCUGCGAAUGAUCCGAAUUCACUGGCUUCCUUGAGUCAACACCAGUACACAUCCACAAGUUCGAAUAUCAUUCCUUGGCACGCCUGCUCCCCUCCACCACCUCCAUUGAAUGACGAUGAUGAAUUUGAUGCCUACAAUGAUGACGUUCUAGGCGGUCAUGACUCCAUAGAGAGCUCAGAUUUAGGAGGAGGCAUGUCCGCGUUGAAUACCCUUACCACAAUCGAUUUCACGCUUGAUCUAGCCCAAAUCAAAAAUUCAACAGAGGUGAGGAAACCGCCUGAUCCCCCGUUAGAACAAGAAGUGAGUCCCAAUCCCUCCUUAGAUCAAGAAGUUCUGGCUGGUAAGAUUGAGUUUCACAACAAUCCAGACCGAUAUCGUGAUCUUUACCGGCUAACCCCGGACGAGGACGAUGAAGAUUCGCCAUUCCAAGAUUGGAUCCCGGCCUUGAACGAAAUCCAAAGUGUAAUGGAGAAUGCAGCUGAAGUGUGCACGAACAUCACCAUCCAAGGAAUUCUCGAUGAAAUUGCGUGUGAACCGAAGUACGAGAACUACUUGAAGAACCUUCGAGAGAUUUAUCGGGUUUACUUGCGGAUCCGCAAAUCGUACGAACGACUCUCAACCGUGCGGAAAGAUAUUCAGGAGCCAUGUGAUAGCAUCGAAACCUCUUGGCGACAGAUUCUGCUCAACACAACGCCCAGCUUGAACAUUGAGCGCUCAGCGGUUCAAAGUCCCGAAGGAGGGAGUGUGGGUGGAGAUGAGAAUCGCCUUUGUGGCGUGUGUCUCACGCUUUUGGAAGACAAACAUUCUCCAAAUCUAUCCCGAACAGCCGACAUGAAUAAUGCCACACUACAAUUCGAAUUUCAUCAAUAUCAUGCAGCUUGUGCCAACUUCUGGAUCAAUCUUGUCAACCCCAAAUUGCCGAGACUUAGUGUUCCUUGACCCAGAUCAACCUAGUUUGAACUGACUUCUAAUCAUAUGCAUUCAUUCUUGAGAUCCGAAGCUCGUAUUUCUUGAAUGUAUGCCGAUAUCCAGCACAUGAUGAGGCAAACAGUAUUCUACACCUAUGUGCUAGUUAUGAUACAACUAACAAAUUUGUGACCAAAUAGCAUUUAAACCUCGUCAUUUUCUUUACCAUUAAAAAACCAGCGAUAGCGCUAGUGAACCUCAA